AUGGCACAAGUCGAACUUCCAAACCAAGACACCCUCGACAUCUCCCAUAUAGCAGGAAACGCCUCCCCUGAGAUCAAACGUUUCCUAGGAUAUCCAUCCCUCUUCUUCGGGAGCCAUAUGUCCGCGAACGUUGAUUCGCCGAUUUUUGGAGAGGAAAUUCAGAAGAGGAUUAAGGUUACGGAGUUGUCUGUUGAUGAGAAGCGGGAGGAGGCGAGUAGGUUGGAGGGGAGGGUUGUUGCUGAGAUUGUGGUUGCUGAAGAUAUGUUGAAUGGAAAUGGAACGCUGCAUGGGGGAUGUAUUGCUUGGUUGAUUGACAUGUGCUCAUCGCUGGCGUUGACAGCUCUCAGGAUGACUACGUCCGGCAAAUUUCAGAUGAGCGUGACGCAAUCUCUGAAUGUGGUCUACCAUUCUCCGGCUAGCCUGGGAGACAAAAUCCGGUUAGUAAACACAACGCUUACGCUAGGCGCUAGAGCACAUUCUGUGAGAACCGAGAUCUGGAAUGACACGCACCGUCGCCUAGUUGCUUCGGGCGUGCACAUCAAGAUGUUGCCGUCUGCGCCAAAAGCCAGCUUGUGA